AUGGUAUUUUACGACAGGCGUGCUCUAGCUGGAACGGAUACGAUCGUCUCUACGUUUCAGUCUUUCUUCAUCGUCAUAGUGCUCUAUCCCGAAGUUCAAGCGAAAGCGCAACAAACAAUUGACCUCGUCUGCUACGGACGACUGCCCGACUUCUCAGACUUCCACGCACUGCCCUACGUCCAUGCUCUGCUCAAAGAAGUGAUGGGAUGGAACCCUGUCAUCCCUCUGAAUCUCGCGCACGUCUCGACCACAGAUGACGUAUACAACGGGUAUCAUAUCCCGAAGGGCACAUUCGUGCUCGCUAACACCUGGGCAAUUCUGCACGACCCGGAUGUGUAUCCCAACCCCGAGAUCUUCAACCCCGAAUGCUUCCUGCGUACGGGCAGCGCAGGCGGGAUCGAGCUCAACCCGGGCGUGCGAGAUCCAGACGUCGCGACGUUCGGCUUCGGAAGGCGCACUUGCCCCGGCAGGCACCUUGCGUACGAUGCCCUCCGGCUCGCGAUCGCUUCGGUCCUGGCGACGCGCACGAUCUCAAGGGCAAAAGGCGCCGACGGGCGCGAGAUCGUGCCUAAGCUUGAGAACGCCUAUGGAUUUGUGAUCUUCCCGAAACCGUUUGCCUGUGCUAUCCGGCCGCGCUCGGCGGAAUGGCGGGGGGCAGUCCUUGCCACUGCUGAGCAUGAAUACCUAUGA